AUGGACUAUCCAGAUGCAGAUGCCGGUUAUGUGGAUGAAGAUGAGGAGGAGAUCCCAUUGGCCGAACGCGAGUUGGCUGAAGACGCUGAAUGGAAGUUAAUACAAAAGAAUACAUUUACUCGAUGGGCUAAUGAACAUUUAAAGCCUAAAAAUGUUACCGUAGAAGAUUUACAAUUCGAUUUAGCUGAUGGUCUUCGAUUGAUUGCUUUAGUUGAAUCCCUAUCUGGACAACAAUUUAAACAUGUUAACAGGAAACCAAGUUUUCGUACACAGAAAUUAGAAAAUGUCACGAUGGUUUUAAGAUUUUUGGAAGAAAAUGAAGGCUUGAGACUGGUGAAUAUAGAUAGUUCAGAUAUUGUUGAUUGUCGGAGUAAAUUAAUCCUCGGUUUAAUUUGGACGCUUAUUCUGCAUUAUUCAAUCACAAUUCCACUUUGGGAAGGUGAACCUGACUAUGGGGCUCAAGGACCUACACCAAAACAACGUCUAAUGGCAUGGUUGAAUAAUAAACUAGCCGAAAGACCCGUGAAAAAUUUCACAACUGAUUGGAAUGAUGGUAUUGCUAUCGGUGCAUUGGUUGAUGCUUGUGCACCAGGCCUAUGUCCUGAUUGGCGUGAAUGGGAACCUAAACAAAAUUUAAGAAAUGCACGUGAAGCAAUGGGUGCAGCAGAGCAAUGGUUAGAUGUACCACAACUUAUUCGCCCUGAAGAGAUGAUUAAUCCAAGAGUGGAUGAAAAAGCUAUGAUGACAUAUUUAAGUCAAUUUCCUAGUGCAAAACUUAAAGAUGGUGCACCGCUUAGACCAAAAUCAAAUCCUGGUCUUGUACGUGCUUAUGGUCCUGGUCUUGAACCACAUGGCAAUACAGUUGGUAAUCCAGCACGAUUUACAAUUGAUACAUUCAGCGCCGGUCGAGGAGCUGUUGAAGUGAUUGUGUUGAAUCCUAAAGGACAAAGAGAACCAUGUGAUGUCCUCAGUAAUAAUGAUAAACAACAAACCUAUUCAUGUGCUUAUGUACCAACACAAGAAGGUGAAUAUCGAGUGAUUAUUAAAUUUGCUACAAAAGAAAUUCUUAAUUCACCAUUUAAAGUGCUAGUAGAAGGUGCACAAGGUGAUGCAAGUAAAGCAACUGCCUCUGGUCCUGGAAUUGAACCAACCGGGAAUCAAGUUGGUCGACGUACAUUCUUUAAUAUUUUCACUGCAGCUGCUGGACCUGGAAAUGUUGAUUGUGUUAUCCUAGAUCCACUUGGUCGACGUGAUGCUAUUAAACCAUUGAUUACACGUCAAGGUGAAGAUAAUUAUCUUGUUGAGUAUACACCAAAAGAUGAAGGUCUACAUUCAGUCAAUGUCUUCUUUGCUGGUCAACAAAUACCGAAUUCACCAUUCGGUGUAAUGGUUGGUCCACGACCACCUCCUGCAGUACAAUCUCCUGCUCCUAUAGUUAAUCAAGAAGCUCCUCUACAAGCAUCACAAGCACAGAGAAAAAUGUCUCUACCAAAACGACCAGCUUGUGAUCCUAAACAAGCCUAUGCAACAGGUCGUGGAAUUCAACCUCAGGGUAUACGAGUUAAAGAUUUGGCCGACUUCAAAGUUCAUACAGAAGAUGCUGGAGAAGGUCCAUUGGAGGUGUCUGUCAUUGCACCAGAUGGUAGAGGUAUCCCAUGUACAAGUCGUAAAACUGGUGCUUAUCUAUUCGACUGCAGUUAUACACCACAACGACCAGGUACACAUCAAGUGAAUGUUCGUUAUGGUGGUGAUCAUAUUAUGCUUAGUCCAUUCACAGUUGAGGUAGCGCCUUACAAAGAAUCACGUAUUCGUGCAUUUGGACCAGGUCUUGUCGGUGGUGUUGUCAAUAAACCAGCUGUUUUUGUUGUUGAGACAAAUGGAGAAACUGGUGCUUUGGGCUUUUCUAUUGAAGGUCCAAGUGAAGCUAGAAUUGACUGUACAGAUAAUGGUGAUGGAUCAGCCACAGUAGCGUAUUGGCCAACAGCUCCUGGUGAAUAUGCUGUGCAUAUUUUAUGCAAUGAUGAAAAUAUACCGAAAUCUCCAUUCAUGGUUCCAAUUGAACCAGAUAUGGGUAAAUGUGAUCCAGAAAGAGUUAAAGCACAUGGACCAGGUAUAAUGCCAACAGGUAAUGUAGCUGGACAACCAACAGAAUUCACUGUUGAUAUAAGAGAUGCUGGAGGUCCUGCACCAUUGACAGUUGAAUGUAGAGAUAAUGAAGGUGAACCAGUGGCAUUAAAAGUUCGUGACAACGGUGAUGGUACAUACACUUGUAGUUAUACCCCGAAAGUGCCCAAAAAGCAUACAGUACUUGUUUCAUACGGUGGAGUUAAUAUACCUAGAAGUCCUUUCAGAGUUGAAGUCGCUGAACCUAGUAAUCCAGGAAAAGUACGCGUUUUUGGACCCGGCGUAGAAAGUGUUACCCGAGGUCAACCAACAUAUUUCACUGUUGAUUGUAAACAAGCUGGACAUGGUAAUGUUGGCAUUAGUGUAACAGAUGAAGCUGGUCGUGAUGUUGCUAUGGAUACACAAGAUAUGCGUGAUGGAACAUUUAAAGUAGCCUAUACAGCUAAUACACCUGGACCAUAUUAUACUGUACAAGUAUUCUUUAAUAAUCAAGAAGUUCCACGUAGUCCAUUUAAAGUACCUGUUAAACCAAAUAUUGAUAUGUCUAAAAUUCAAGUUGAAAAUCUUGAACCAAACAUCACUGUAGGUGUACCAACUGAAUUCGACGUCAUAACAGCUGGUGCCGGGCCACCGAAUAACAGUAAACCAAAACCAACUGUAACUGUUAAAUCGCCUAAUGGUAUGCGUGUACCCUGUACACUAGCUGAAAGUGUCGAUGGAUAUACACCUUCAUUUACACCAACUGUUGUUGGACCGCAUACAGUCGCUGUCGAGGUUGGCGGUGUACCAGUCAAAGGAAGUCCAUUCCGUACAAAUGCUGUCCCACCAGCUGCGCUACACGAGCCUAUUUAUCCUAAAGAUACUGGACGUCAACAAGCCGCCACAACAGCACCGAUUUCUGGACCUGAAGCUGCAGCUUUAGUUCGUGCCUAUGGUGAUGGAUUAUAUCGUGCAACAGCUGGAAAACCGGCUAAAUUUACAAUUGACAGUCAAGAUGCACCACCUGCUCCCCUGAGUGUUACUAUUGAAGGACCUGCAGAAGCCAAGAUUAAUUACAAUGAUAAUGGUGAUGGAACCUGUGGAGUGGAUUAUCUUCCAGUUGAACCUGGACCAUAUGUUGUCAAUGUUUUAUACAAAGAUACACAUAUCAAAGGAAGUCCAUUCCCAGUAAGAGUUGCUCCGCCGGGAAGAGAAAAUAUUGAUAUCUCUCGUGUUCAUGCUUAUGGGCCAGGAUUACAACCAACUGGUGUCCUGAAAGAAUCAUUCGCCAAGUUUACAGUUGACGCUAAAGCUGUAGAUCCACAAGGCAAAGGUGUUGUCAAGGCUAUAGUUGUUAGUCCAAAUAAACAAAGAACAGCCUGUCUAAUACAGAAUAAUGGUGAUGGAACAUACAAGUGUAGUUAUUCACCUGUUGAUGAUGGUUUACAUCAUGUUGAGGUUACUUAUGACGGUGCACCAGUGCCUGGUAGUCCUUUCCCUGUUAACGUGGCACCUGGUUGUGAUCCAACCAGAGUUAGAGCAUAUGGACCUGGUUUAGAAGGUGGAUUUACGCAUGAAAUGCAAAGAUUCACAGUUGAUCUUGAUGGAGCUGGUCAAGGUGCACUUGGAUUGGCUUUAGAAGGUCCAGCUGAUGCACAAAUACAGUGUCAAGAUAAUAAAGAUGGAACAUGCACAGUGGACUAUUUACCAACACGUGCAGGAAACUAUGAUGUUUUUGUUAAGUUUAAUGAUGUUAAUAUUCCAGGUAGUCCAUUCCAAGUACCUAUUCGUGAUGUUGUUGAUCCAACUCGUGUACGAUGUUAUGGUCCAGGCUUGGAGCCAAGAGGUGCACGAGCCCAACAACCAGCACACUUUACUGUAGAUGCUUCACAAGCUGGAGAAGCACCAAUACAAGUUGCAACAGUUGAUCGUCUGGGAAGAUCAAAUCCAGCUCAUAUUGUUCCACGACCAACUCAACCAGGUGUUUAUGAUGUAACCUAUGUACCGGAUACAGAUGGUCCAUGUCAAAUUGAAGUGAAACAAGGCGGUAAUCAUGUAGCACGUUCACCAUUUAUGCAGCAUGUUCUACCAGCUUUUGAACCUCAACGAGUUCGUGUCACUGGCGAAGGUGUUCAUCCAACACGACCAUUAGGUCUGCCAGCUACUCAGCCUACCUCUUUCCAAGUAGAUACAAGAGAUGCAGGACUUGGAGAUUUAGAAUUAUCAGUAAUGGAUCCUGAUGGUCAACCAUUACAAUUAGAAGUUGUUGAUGUUGGUGAUGGAACAUACAUAUGCCAUUAUACACCAAUGAUUGUUGGACGACAUACUGUACGCGUGAAAUACGGUGGACAAGAAAUACCUGAAAGUCCAUUUUUAGUACCAGUUGCUCCAUCUGGACGAGCUAAUAUGUGUCGUAUAGAAAGUGGAAAUGAUAGCCGAGUGCCAGUUGGUCAAGAAUGUGUUAUCUCUGUGAAUACAGCUCAAGCUGGUGUUGGCCAACUGACUUGUCGUAUUGUUACACCGUCUGGUGCAACAGCUGAUGUUGAAAUUCAUGAAGCACCAAAUGGUCGUGUUAACAUUUAUUAUACACCACCGAUUCGAGGAGAUUAUUUAGUUGAAAUACGAUUUGGUGGAGAACUUAUACCAAAUGGAAGAUUUAAUCAAAAAGCUGUUAGUCCAGAGGAGUUGGUCAAUGAUAUAAGUACUUUACAAGAACAAAGAGUUCAACAUGUCAAUGUGCAAUCUGUACAAUCUAUACAUUCAUCGACAAUUACAACAGGAUAUCAUCCAGUCGAUUUUAAAUUACCUGUUGGUCCAACAUUUAGUCAUGUAGAAGGUUUGGUUCGUACACCAAGUGGUCGAAUUCUCCAUCCAAAUUUAAUUGACAAUGGUGAUGGUACAGUGACAGCACAAUUCCAGCCGAAUGAACCUGGAUUGCAUGAAUUAGAAAUCACUUACAAUGGUCAACCGAUACCAGGUAGUCCAUUUAGAUUUUACGUGGAAGCUGUUGGCUCUGGUGUUGUAACAGCCUAUGGACCUGGACUGUCAUAUGGACGAGCUGGUGAACCGGCGAACUUCACCUUGAUAACACGAGAUGCUGGUGCAGGUGGACUAUCACUUUCUGUGGAAGGACCAUCGAAAGCAGAUAUUCAAUGUGAUGAUAAUAAAAAUGGUACCUGUAGUGUAAGUUAUUUACCACUGGUACCGGGAGAAUAUACAAUAUCGAUUAAAUUUAUGGAGAAUCACAUACCUGGUUCUCCGUUCACUGCACAUAUAGCAGGUGAAUCGCGUCGAUUUAAUCAAGUUUGUGUUGGUACAACAAGUGAAAUGCCAUUACGUAUCACUGAAACAGAUAUUUAUAAUUUAGUCGCGACAGUUCGUAGUCCGUCUGGUCUGGAACAACCAUCUACACUGAAGAGAUUACCAAAUGGACAUUUAGGCAUUUCAUUUACUCCACAUGAAAUUGGUGAACAUUUUGUCAAUGUAUUUCGUAAUGGGAGACAUAUUGCCAAUAGUCCAUUUAAAAUUUAUGUUGGUGAAAGUGAAAUUGGUAAUGCAUCAAAAGUUCGAAUCUAUGGUACUGGUCUACGUGAAGGUAUGGCGAAUCAAAAUUGUCAAUUCACUGUAGAUACAAGAAAUGCUGGUUAUGGCGGUUUAAAUCUAUCCAUUGAAGGUCCUAGCAAGGCUGAUAUUGAAUGUCAUGAUAAUCAAGAUGGUACAUGUCUCGUCACCUAUCGACCAACAGAGCCUGGAACAUAUAUUAUCAAUGUUAAGUAUGCUGAUCAACCAGUCCCGGGAAGUCCUUUUGUUGUUCAUAUCGGUGGAGAACCUUCGCUUAGAAUGAUGGAAAGAAUCACUCGACAAAGGGAACUUGCUGAUGCAACUUAUGUUGGUAGUCAGUGUGAAUUGAAUUUAAAAAUUCCAGGAAUAAAUAUUCGUGAUUUAACAGCGAAUGUCACCAGUCCAUCAGGAGUAACUCAAAGAUGUGAUGUACUAGCUACAGACGAUGUGAACUAUACUAUCAAAUUUGUACCUCAAGAAAUGGGUGUGCACACUGUUUCAGUACGUCAUCGUGGAUCACACAUCUCUGGAAGUCCAUUCCAGUUUACUGUUGGUCCUAUCACAGAAGGUGGAGCGCAUAAAGUACACGCUGCUGGUCCAGGAUUACAACAUGGUUUAACUUAUUCACCGAAUGAUUUUAGUAUUUAUACUAGAGAAGCAGGUGCAGGCGGUUUGUCAAUUGCUAUAGAAGGACCAAGUAAAGCGGAAAUAGAUUUUGAGGAUCGAAAAGACGGUUCAUGUGGUGUCUCAUAUCGUGUCACUGAACCAGGCGAAUAUUUAUGCUCUAUUCGUUUUAAUGAUGACCAUAUACCGAAUUCACCGUAUCGUGUUAUUAUAAAUGAGGCGAUGGAGAGAACAUUCUAUACACCUGAUACUAAAUUGUUGAGUUUUGCUACUGUUCAAGAUCGUGGUCUUCAAAUCGGACGUCCAACUGCAUUCACAAUUAAUUAUUCAGGAAUGGGAGGUAGAAUGAGAGCCUAUGUUGUUGCACCGUCUGGUUUACAAACAGAUGCAUUUGUGCAUCAAGUUGAUGUUGAUCAACACGCUGUACGUUUUACACCUCAAGAGACUGGUGCACACUUAGUUCAUGUAUUGAUGGAUGAACGUCCAAUACCUGGUAGUCCAUUCCGUGUUCUAGUAGGACAAGAUGAAACAGGUCCAGUUACAGCCAGUGGGGAAGGUUUAAGCUAUGGACGAGUUGGUGAACGUAAUCGAUUCUUUGUGAAUACAGCUCAUGCUGGUAGUGGUGCAUUAUCAGUUACUGUAGAUGGUCCAAGUAAAGUUCAACUGAAUUGUACGGAACGUCCUGAUGGUUAUGAUUUCACGUAUAUGCCAUUAUCACCUGGUGAAUAUAUGAUUAGUAUUAAAUAUGGUGAUGCUCAGCAUAUUAUUGGUUCACCAUUCAAAGCAAUUGUUACUGGUGAUGCAGUACAUGAUACUUUCACUGCUGAUACAACACAUGUUGUUGUAGAAACCGGUGGACGUCUUGUCAAUGGACCACAUUCGAAUUUGGGACCAUCAAGACCUGAUCGUGUUACAUGCUCUGGACCAGGUUUACAACAGGCUUAUUUAAAUGAAGUUAACACAUUUACAGUGAAUGCAACACAAGCAGGUCAUGAUGUUCUCUACGUUGGUGUUUCUGGACCAGUUGCUGCCUGUGAAGAAGUCAAUAUUAAACAUUUAGGACAUGGUCAAUAUUCGAUUAACUAUACUGUACGCGAUCGUGGUCGUCAUCAAAUUAUGAUUAAAUGGGGUGAUCAACAUGUCCCUGGAAGUCCAUUCACUGUGAAUGUUAUUUAAACAAAAAAAUUUACAUACACAUUAACAGUCUACUUACUAUUGAUAUAUAGUAGUAAUAGUCGAAUACAUGAAAAAAACAACAUGCAUAGUGGUAAACUAUUACAUAACCAUGACUCUCUGUCUCACACACACACACGCGAACAAUGUUAUGCUUCAUGAAGUCGCUUCACGAGUGAACACUACCACUACUACUACUACUAUUAGUAAUAUUAAUAGUAUAUAAAAAACACAUUAAAUUAUUUAAUUUCCUUAGAUAUUUUCUCAGUAAUGUAAUAAUUAUUGCUGGUAUAUUCUAAUAUUACUGAUGCUAUUAUUAUUAUUGUUAUUAUUAUUAAUGCUAUCGGAGAGGGUUUCAAUAUCCGAGCAGUUCAAAGCUGGAUGUGAAACGAAUGAAAUGGACGACUUUGAGUCGAAAUUUGUCAGGUGCUUUGCUUAUCCUCCUACAUAUUUUAACUUUAGGCUUUUCUAGAGUUCUUUCUGCAAGGUGAGUUCUCUUUCUUUCUUUCUUUCUCUCUCCUUUCCCUCGUUCGGAAUCCUGCCUAAUUGAUAAUUAUAUAUUUAUUGCAUUGUACUACUUAAAUCUACUUUAUAAGCGACACAAAGUAUUCAGUUACCCGCUAAUUUUUCUGUUCAUAAAAUGAGCAUAUGAAUAUUCUUGCUUUUAUUAUUAUUACUAUUACUAUUUCGAUUUUCGUCAAUAUUUUUAGUUUCAAUGACUCUAAAUAUACAUAACCAUGCAUGAUUUAUGUUCUUUCCAAAAAAUUCAAACACUUGAGCCGCUUUUAUAAUGAAUAAUAUUGUACUUUUCUCUGGAAUAAGUAUGAUUUAACAAAGAACCACCCUUUUUGUUUCUCUCUCGACUGGUAUAUUUUUUGGCCUAUAUAUUUGUGUAUUAACUGCUAAAACGAAUCAUCUUUAGUCCAGCCCCCACCCGCCAAUAACCUGAGUAAAUACUCAUGAAUACGCUUUUUGUUUCUUUCUAAAGAGCUGAAUGCAUUUUAUUCACGCUAAAUUGUGCUUGUUGUUGUUAUUGCUGUUGUUGUCAACUCAUCUUUCUUCGUCACAUGCUCCUAAUCUCCUAAUCUACACCCGGCACCAUCACGUUCGCUAAUAAUUCUUUUUUUUUUCUUGUUUUUCUUUUUGCCUACUCCUUGAUUUUUUUUAUCCAGCCUACCUUUACAUGAAACCCUCAUUUUUAAUUUAUUAGUUGUUAAAUCGCUUUGGUUGUUUUUAUCGCCCCAUAUAUAUAUAUGUAUGUGUGUUAAAACAACAGAAACCCCAUAAUUAUGAAUGAAAUUUUAAUUGAUUUCUGAAUACAUAUAUAUAAUUUUAAUUACCUUAUUAAUGAGUUGUUUGAUUUUGUUCGGAGAUUUGCAAUUAAUAGUGUUCUCUGAGCUGGUUGGUUUAGUUGCGGAGCUUUCGUCGUCCCCCUGCUGGACAACAUCCCCCUUCAGCGCAAUAUUUAGCAUAAAGUG